CCCAAGCUCCGGCUUCUAUUUAAGAAGGCGUCCCCCGCCACCAUCCUACUCACCACACACCACCACCGGAGUCCACCCAAAGCAUUCGAUCUCCGACGAGCCGCAGAUGGUUUCGCGGCCGCUAGAGGCUUAGCGUUGAGGAGGAGGAAGCAGUGUGCCACAUGUUGGGUGAACAGACGGCGGCUAGCACUAGCAGCAGCAGCGGCAGCGGCAGCGGCAGCGUCGAGCAUCAGGAGAGGAUCGUCGAGGACAGGCGGUUGCAGCCGGUGGGGGAGAACGAGGAGGAGGAGGAGGAGUUCAGGGACAUCCACGCGCUGAGCCCGCCGCCGACGCCGAGCCAGCCGUCGUCGUACCGCCUCCGGGCGUCGUGGGGGUCAGCCGCGGGCGGGAGCAGGCACACGUCCAUCCGCUCCGUCGGGAGCGACACCGCACCCAGCGAGCCCUUCCCGACUAUGAGCAGGGAGUUCUCGGCCAUGGUCGCCGCCGCAGCCAACGCCGCAGCCAGCGCCAACUCCAACGGUGACGUCGUCGACAGGGACGUCGUGGACGCCAUGGGCAGGAGCAGGAUCGGGGAGGCCGAGGAGGAGCUGGAGGAGACCAACCCGCUGGCCAUCGUGCCCGACAGCAACCCCAUCCCGUCGCCGCGCCGGGGCCCGCCCACCCCUGGAGGCGCCGACGUCGCGCUGAUGGCCGCCAACGGCCACGGCCAUGGCCACGGCAACAGCAACGGCGAAGGUGGGAUGUCCGUGGGGCAGGUCAAGAAGGAGGAGGUGGAGUCCAAGAUCGCCGCGUGGCAGAUCGCCGAGGUGGCCAAGGUCAACAACCGCUUCAAGCGCGAGGAGGUCGUCAUCAACGGCUGGGAGGGCGACCAGGUCGAGAAGGCCAGCGCCUGGCUCAAGAAAUACGAGAGGAAGCUGGAGGAGAAGCGUGCCAAGGCGAUGGAGAAGGCGCAGAACGAGGUGGCCAAGGCGCGGCGGAAGGCGGAGGAGAAGCGCGCGUCGGCGGAGGCCAAGCGGGGCACCAAGGUGGCGCGGGUGCUGGAGCUCGCCAACUUCAUGAGGGCCGUGGGGAGGGCGCCAUCCACCAAGCGCUCCUUCUUCUGAACUCACUCCCCCCACAACGGCGGCCACCGGCCUCCCCUCUUCUUCAGCAAUUUCCUCUGCCCCCGCCUGCUCUGCUCGUCGCCGCCGGUACAGUUCAGUUGUUCGUUGGGAAUGGAUCGUUCACCGCUUCACUACACCGGGAUCUGACAGAGUGAUCAGUGCCGUGCUAGCUGUGUGGAACGCUUGUUUUAGUGUUGUAUCCACCACAUGUAUGAUUUGUAAACCCUUUUUUUUCCUGUUUCUCCUGUUUUGUGUUUCAUAUGGUAUGGUAUUGCAAAGUCCAUAUACCAUAAGAAGGAUGUGCUCUGCCCGAGUCUUGAGGGCAAGAGCUGCCUGUAUUUUGUUGGAAUUUUGUCAUCAACAGUUGUGUAUGUCAAUAUGAACAAGAUAUGAUGUCCAUUAUCAA